ACAAAAAAAAACAAAAAAGCAAAAAUGUUUGCCUCUGAAGCUAACAAACUUUUUCUUUCCACACAGCCACACAGGUUUUAGCAUUAAAAAAAACAAAAAUGGUCGAUUGAUUCAAAGACUUUUUAGAUAUUUUUCAUUUAUUUACUUCCUCGUUCGGAGAAACCAACAACCGAAAUGGCGAUCGCCGGCGCUGAUGACGAAGCCGGAACUCCGCUUCUUGCUAAAACCGUUGACGGAUCCGUUGACUACAGAAGCAAACCGGCCAUCAGAUCUUCCUCUGGGGGCUGGAGAUCCGCCGGAUUCAUCAUCGGCGUGGAGGUGGCUGAGCGGUUCGCUUACUACGGGAUUUCAUCGAAUCUGAUAACCUAUUUGACGGGACCACUGGGGCAGUCGACGGCGGCUGCUGCGGCCAACGUCAACGCCUGGUAUGGAACGGCGUCGUUGCUUCCGCUCCUUGGUGCUUUCGUCGCAGACUCUUUUCUAGGUCGUUUCCGAACAAUCCUCGCCGCCUCGGCUCUCUAUAUAUUGGGGCUUGGUUUACUAACUUUAUCUGCCAUGAUUCCUUCAGACUGCAAAGUUACCAAUCCACUCACGUCGUGCUCUCCCCGAUUUCAAGUGAUUACAUUCUUUAGUGCCCUGUAUCUAGUGGCCUUAGCCCAAGGCGGGCACAAACCGUGUGCUCAGGCUUUUGGAGCGGAUCAGUUUGAUGAAAAGGACCCUGAAGAGUGCAAAGCAAAGAGUUCCUUUUUCAAUUGGUGGUAUUUUGGCAUGUGCUUUGGCACCUUAGUCACUCUAUGGAUCUUGAAUUACAUCCAAGACAAUCUCAGUUGGGUUCUAGGCUUUGGUAUUCCAUGCAUUGCUAUGGUAAUUGCUUUGAUUAUUUUCUUGCUUGGAACAAGCACUUACCGCUUCUUCAGCAUUCGAAGAGAAGAUCAAAGCCCUUUUGCGAGGAUUGGAAUUGUUUAUGUAGCAGCUGCUAAGAACUGGAAUGUAUCAGCUUCAGCUGUAACUGAUGCAGAAGAAAGCCUUGGUCUAAUGUCUCACAAAAUCUCGCAUCAAUUUAGUUUUCUGAACAAAGCUCUGGUGGCAAAGAAUGGUUCUUGUAGUAUAGAUGAACUUGAAGAAGCAAAAUCAUUGCUCCGGCUAGCUCCAAUAUGGUUAACUUGCUUGGUUUAUGCGGUCGUGUUUGCGCAGUCUCCAACUUUCUUCACCAAACAAGGAGCCACAAUGGAGAGAUCAAUCACACCCGGUUACAAGAUCUCUCCGGCUACCCUCCAGUCCUUCAUCAGCCUCUCUAUAGUCAUCUUCCUCCCCUUGUAUGACCGCGUACUCAUCCCAAUCGCAAGAUCAUAUACACAUAAGCCAGGCGGAAUCACGAUGCUUCAGAGAAUCGGUACAGGCUUAUUCCUCUCGUUCCUUGCUAUGGUAAUAGCAGCUUUAGUGGAGAUGAAAAGGCUUAAAACCGCUGCGGAUUACGGGCUCGUCGAUUCGCCAGACGCUACGGUUCCAAUGAGUGUGUGGUGGUUAGUUCCUCAGUAUGUUCUCUUCGGUGUCUCGGAUGUUUUUACGAUGGUGGGUCUUCAAGAGUUCUUCUACGACCAGGUCCCGAGCGAGCUGAGGAGCGUGGGAUUGGCUCUGUAUUUAAGCAUAUUCGGUAUUGGUAGCUUUCUCAGCAGUUUCAUGAUAUCAGUCAUUGAGAAAGCGACGAGCCAAUCUGGUCAAGUGAGUUGGUUUGCAAACAACCUGAACCAGGCUCAUCUGGAUUACUUUUACUGGCUACUUGCUUGUUUCAGCUUCAUUGGCUUAGCCUCCUACUUGUAUUUUGCAAAGGCCUAUGUCUCUAAAAGGCUCAACGCCCUUUAAUCCUAUAUCUCUGGUGUAAGUGUCGCAGGUCCUCUCUCUCUCUCUCUCCCUCUCUCUCUCUCUCAAUUUAAGAUAUACUUUCAUCACACCAAUAAAUACUAUCUCAUGUCGAUUGAUGAUGGAGUUAAGUCUUAUAGGUGGCCCUCUAGGGAUCCUUAAGGUUUGAUGUUAAUAGAUGUACAUUUACUCAGAUAGCUUGUAAUGCACGUUCCAGUCACUUGCCUAUGUAUAGCUUUUCAUGUUUGGUACAAAAUCUUGUCAUGAUCCAGGGUGUAAGUUUUAGAUACACUUUCGUCAAACCAAUAUGUAUAGUU